UUAGCAUCUUCCUCUCAGUUUCUUCAUUAUCUGCACCAUUUCCUAGUCCACUCGUGUGCUUCAUCUUUAAUCUUUUUCUUCUCUUUGUUAAUUUCUUUUCUUUUUGAACUAUCUAGCUAUGGCUUCUGGGACAGGUUCACCUUGUGGUGCAUGCAAAUUUCUGCGACGCAAGUGUGCUGCUGACUGUAUAUUUGCUCCUUAUUUUUGUUCAGAACAAGGUCCUGCUAGAUUUGCAGCCAUACAUAAGGUGUUUGGAGCUAGUAAUGUUUCUAAAUUGUUGCUGCAUGUUCCCGUGCCUGAUCGGUGUGAAGCUGUUGUUACUAUUGCUUAUGAAGCUCAAGCUAGGAUUAAAGAUCCUGUCUAUGGCUGUGUUGCACAUAUUUUCGCUCUACAACAACAGGUGGCAUACUUGCAAGCUCAACUGAUGCAAGUGAAGGGUCAGCUGGCACAAAGUUUGCUCAAUAGUUCAAGAAAUUCAGAAAAUUCUUAUCCUCAAUGGCCCAACAAUAUGGCCCCAUCAAUUGGGCUAAUGGCAUCAUCUUUCCCACCAAAUAAUAAUAAUAAUCCAACAUAUACUGUAAACUCCAAUUCAUCACCACAGAGUUCACUUGAAUCACUUGAUCAUUACAAUGAUGGAAUAAAUAAUGUACAAGAGAUACAGAGCAGAGACCAAGUGUUUUAUCAUCAAGCCUAUAGUAGUAGCACUAGCAGGAAGAGACCGUCUCAAACUGAGUUGGGUGAACUUCAAGCAUUGGCUCUUAGGAUGAUGAAAAACUAAUUAGUACCCUUUUUUUUUUGUUUUAUUCUACAUGCCUAAAUCAUGUGUACAUAGACUAUGAGAGGGAGAGAGAGAGGAAAGAAAAGAAGAGAGAAGAAACUUUGAUCCAUCUUAUGUUACCCAAGCCUACAAAGGAGGCUUUUUCCCACUGCAAAAAUGAUCUUUAAUUUUCUUAUUAUAUGUAUAUUAGUUGAAUCUACAGAACUUCCCUUAGCAGUGUUGUCAGGCGUGCUGAAAGCAAGGUGGUUUUCGCCUCCCUUAGCAGGCGCUUCAAUAUUAUCAGCAAAGCUCUUAUAAGACAUAUUUUUUCUUGCUAAUGAGCUUAAUAUUAAGAUGCUGACAUUAA